GUAGUCCGUAGAAUAGGGGUUGCUGACUUGCUUCUCCGCUGAGGCGCUGCGAGCUUUAUAAAAAGGAGCUUCCUUUUUUCGCAUGUAGCGGGCACACGGUCACCGCCCUUCCUCGCGGCGGAGCGGCCCUAACCCAAACCCUAACCGUCGUCGCCGCCGCCGCCGCCGCCGCCGCCGUCGCCGUUCCCAUGUCCUCCGCCGCGAAGAAGCGGGCGAAGAGGGCAACGCCGCGAGGCCCUUCUCGGUCCCCGGUCGGGAUCUUGCCGGAGCCCUCGCUCGCUCUCUUCCCCUCCAAGGCGGAGCUUCUCAAGCUUGUCGCCAUCGUCGCCAUCGCCGCCUCCGUCGCAGUCGCCUGCAACUACGCCGCCGCCCUCUUCAACCGCCGUCCGAAGCCCUUCUGCGACAGCGGUCGCGAUCCUCUCGAUCCCGUCCCGGAUUUUUGUGAACGUUGCCCUGAUCACGGUCAAUGUCAUAAUGGCAAGUUGGAAUGUCUGCAUGGCUAUAAAAAGCAUGGAAGGAUUUGUAUUGAAGAUCGCAUGAUUAACCAAACAGCUAAGAAACUUGCUGAGUUACUUGAGCGAAUUGUAUGUGGUUCAUAUGCUAGAGUUUUAUGCGGUGAAGCUGGAAAAUACUGGUUUCAAGAGGAGGAUAUUAGGAAGAUAAUUGAUGAAGAAAUGAUCAAGGAAUUUACUGGCUUAAAAGAUGAUGGCUUAGAAUUUGCAAAGAGUAAGGCAAUGGAAUUUGCAGAUAGCUUCUUAGAAGCCAGGGUGAUUUUUAAUGGAAAUAAAGAGUUUAAAUGCCCUGAGUUGCUAGCAGAACUCCAUAAGCCCCUCAGUUGUUGUAUUCGUCAAUGGAUAUACAGAAACAUUUUUCUCGUUGUGACGGUUUUUGUUCUGCUUGCAGGGUUGCUAUAUUUUUUGUGGACCAUGCGUCAGAGACGAGCUCUUUCAAACAGAGCUGAACAACUGUAUCAACAGGUAUGUGAAAUUCUUGAAGAUACUGCCAUGAGGAUUAAGAUGGAAAAGCAGGAAGGUGAAUCUUGGGUGGUAGCCUCUUGGUUAAGGGACCAUCUGUUACUUCCAAGAGAAAGGAAGGACACUAUAUUAUGGAAGAAGGUCGAAGAAUUGAUACUUGAAGAUUCUCGCAUUGAUCAAUAUCCUAAGCUGAUCAAGGGAGAGUCGAAAAUCGUUUUGGAGUGGCAAGCUGAUGGCUCGCUCAGUUCAAAUAUCAAAAGGAUGGGAUUGGUUGAUAAGGCAAAAGCCAGUGGCCGAACGACCAUAUCUUCUGAUCAUGGAAUGAGAUCUGUUCUUGGUGAACCGCAAGUUACAUAGAAUCGGGAAGAAGUGCUCACGAGGCUUGCUAUAGCAUAAUACACUGUUCCUAUCUUUGAUGGCAUUUGUAUCAUUACCAGUGGGGUUGUUGUAUGAACUAUGAACUAUGUAUUUGACUACCUAAUUUUGGAUACAUCUACUGAAUAUUGUGCUUUAACGAACAUGAUUUUUUGUUAUUUCA